GCCGUGUGUGAGGCCAUGGCGACCUACGUGCAGCUGAACACCGGAGCUAAGAUGCCCAUUCUGGGGCUGGGUACCUGGAAGGUAACGGGCUGGGGGGGGCGGCGAGCUGAGGCCGGCUCUUGGCGCGCGGCUGUGCCGCCCUUGGUGGGCUGUGGGGGGUCCCGGCCCUGUGCUGGGGGCGGUGAGUGGGAGCGGAGUAGCGCGGGCCAGGCGGGUGAGGCUGGCGUCGGAGCUCGGCUCGGCUUGGUAGGACCGGGCCCCUCCCGGCUGGCAGCUGCUGAGACUUCUCCUUUUAGCAGCAGUGGGGGGAAGGGAGGAGGCCUCGGUUCGGCUCUGCGGGGCCCUGCGCGGGAGAGGGGUGACGCUGAACAGCUGGAGGCCGGCUCCGAGCAUGGGAGCCUCUGCUGGAGACGUUCCCCACCAGGGCAAGUAACAGCUGCAGUGAUGGCUGCAAUUGAUGCAGGCUACCGCCACUUUGAUUGUGCUUACGUGUACCAGAAUGAGAAUGAAGUUGGGGAGGGUAUCCAGAAGAAAAUCAAGGAGGGCGUUGUGAAACGAGAGGACCUCUUUGUAGUCAGUAAGCUGUGGUGCACAUUUCACGAAAAAUCUUUGGUGAAAGGAGCUUGCCAGAAGACUCUUGCCAGCCUGAAACUGGAUUAUCUGGAUCUCUACCUCAUCCACUGGCCUGUUGGAUUUAAGGCAGGAGAGGACCUGUUUCCCGCAGAUGAUAAAGGCAUGUCAAUACCUGGCAACACGGAUCUUCUACAAACAUGGGAGGCCAUGGAAGAGCUGGUGGAUGCUGGUCUGGCAAAAGCUGUUGGAAUUUCCAACUUCAACCAUGAGCAGAUAGAAAGAAUCUUGAACAAGCCAGGGCUGAAAUACAAGCCUGCAAACAACCAGGUUGAAUGUCAUCCAUACCUGACCCAGGAGAAGCUGAUCAACUACUGUCAAUCCAAAGGGAUCUCUGUGACAGCAUAUAGUCCCCUUGGCUCUCCUGAUAGGCCAUGGGCUAAGCCAGAGGAUCCUUCUCUUCUGGAUGACCCCAAGAUUAAAGAGAUUGCAGCCAAGCACAACAAAACAGCAGCACAGGUUCUCAUUCGGUUCCACAUCCAGAGAAACGUGAUUGUGAUCCCCAAGUCUGUCACACCACAGCGCAUUGUGGAGAACUUCAAGGUGUUUGACUUUGAACUGACUAAAGAAGAGAUGGCAACUAUCCUCAGCUUUAAUAGAAACUGGAGAGCUUGUGCAAUGAGCAUGUCCCAAAAUCAUAAGGAGUACCCUUUUAAUGCAGAGUACUGAAGAUGGUUUCUUGCCCUUCUCCUGACUUCUAGGAUACGCUUCUGCCAUUGCCUAUGAGUUGUCUAUAUAGCAUUCUCACUGCAUCAGCCUCCCUGCUUUCCCCCCCCCCCACCCACAAAGACACAGUGUAUCUACCCAUUGACUGUUUUUUGUUGCUUGUUUGUUUUGGAAGAAGAAAAUGCUGGAAUGUUUCUGAGGAGCAUACUGUGUGGACUGUGGUAGAGUGGUCUUUGCCAAACUGAAUUGGUAUGCAGAAAAUACUGUGAAAGGUUGAACUACCAGUCUCUUUUAUUUUGGAGUACUGUGAACUGGAGCUAGUGACUAUUGUCAGGAAGGACCAGAAUAUGAUAGGCUUUGCAAAAUCGAGAUCAGAUAUUUUUCUAAUGACUUUUGGGUUUUGGUUUUUUGUUACUCUGUGCUUCUUUCUAAUUGGAAGUACCAAUUGAUUUCUAAGUACAGCAGUUGCUACAUGAGUAGCUCUUUGAAAAGUGUAAAGGUCCUGUUUUCUUGGUGAUAUAAAAGCUGUUUUUGCUUAUAAUAAAAUAUAGUUUCAUUA